AUGGACGACACGGCGGCCGACGGCGGGCCUCCCGACCAAGCCAAGCCUCGCGCUCGAAAGCUCUCGCUGCUCGACCCCCGCCCCAAGGCCCCGGCCCACCACUUCGAUGCCGCGCCCUCCAUCUGCCGGAUAUGUCGCAGCGAGGGCACCGCCGCCGAGCCGCUCUUCUAUCCCUGCAAGUGCAGCGGCAGUAUCAAGUACGUCCAUCAGGAUUGCUUGAUGGAGUGGUUGUCGCACUCUCAAAAGAAAUACUGCGAGCUCUGCAAGACGUCUUUUCGCUUUACAAAGCUCUACGCCCCAGACAUGCCAAAGUCGCUCCCCGUCCACGUCUUCAUCGAGCACAUGGCCAGGUACCUUAUGCUCAACCUGCUGGUAUGGCUGCGAGCCCUCGUCACCGUCAGCGUCUGGGCCUGUUGGCUGCCCUAUUUCAUGCGUUCCGUCUGGUCCUUCAUGUUCUGGGUCAGCGAUGAGGGCCUGGGUAGCGGCUCCAUCCUCACCCGCGCCAACGAAACCGAUCCAGGGGCUUCGUGGCUUACGAGUCCCAUCGCCCAUGGCAGCACAUGCCCAGCCAGCCCCCUCUUGGCCGCCACCACCUGUUCCGCCGUCCAGGCCGCCGCCGUUCUCGAGCGUCUUGGCGGCGAGGACUUGGCCGACUAUCUCGUUCGCAUCUUUCUCGGAUCGCUCGGCAUGCCGACCAAGAUGGAUCCCUCCGAAACUCGACUUCACCAUGACUCCGUCAGCGCGCCCUCUCUGCACAAUGCAAGCCUUGAUGUUGCCGCGACCUCUUCCCUCUUUGGCGACGUCGAUUUCCUCCGCAACCUCACCCGAAGCCCGACGCUCAAUCGCGCCGUCAUCAAGAUUCUCGAGGGGCAGGUCAUCACCGUUCUCGUCAUCGUCUGCUUCAUUCUCGUCAUCUUGGUCCGAGACUAUGUCGUCCAGCAACAGCCAGAGAUCAAUAUGCGAGCUGCCUUUGAAGAGCCAGCCCACCAACUACCAGCACAGCCAGACGACGGUGCCCAAGCGCCCGCGCCGGAGCCGUUGCGAGAUGCUCCGGGUCCGGAGUCCGACGACGAGACGCUAGAUGACGGUGGUCAGCAAGUCAGGGCCGUGGGCUGGGAGCCUCCGCAGGCCGAUGAGACUGGAGCAGCCGACACAAGUCAGACGGCCGACCCGCGAACCCACAAUGGCUGGUUGCAUCAAGACAGCACGACAGGCUUGCCAGAGAUGGACUCGGCUCGCGAUUCGAAUCAGUCAGCGAUUGCAGCUGAUAAUGGCGGCGACGAUCGAGCCAGCGUAAACGACUACCUUCGCAUCUAUCGCCGGGCUGGUGGAGACCCGGAAAAGAUUCUGCAGAUUGUCGAGCAGGAAGGCCUCGAGGAUAAGCUCGGGUAUUGGGUCGACGUUACCCGAAGAUCCAUCACCAAGCGCGAGGACGUGAGCAAGGACCGCGACUUGGCCAGUUCUUCCAACUCGGACCAAACUAGUUACCUGAAUUCUGCGGCGGAAGCUGGCUCCACCGUCCAAGCCUGGAUUCCAGCCGCAGAUGAGACGGACUCGGCCACUUCUUCACCCACGGACACUAAGUCAAAGGGAAAAGAGCGAACAUGGCUACCCGUCUCGCCCGGUCCAAUCUCGGAGACGUCGUCACAGGCCGGUCCAUCAAGACCGCGUGCCGCUUCGGAUGGGCCCCGACAUCAGGCUUCAACGAACCUUCUAGGAAGCAACAACUGGUCGUUUGCCGGCUUGCCCCCCAUCGGCCCCGCCAAUGGCGUGGAGCCGAACCCGCCAGCUGAUGCAUCGCCCAGCGCGGAAACUUCUUCCUCGCCGCGAGCGGAUCCGCAAGUGGGUUUUGCCGCGGCCGAACCGGUUAUGCGUGAAGCAAAUGCGGGCCAGCCCCCCCAUUCAGAGGACGACGCAGACGAUGUGUCGUUUCAUCGCCCUCUGGUCAUAGAGCAGACCCCGGGCGAGGAAGCUGCUCGUGACGACGUGGAACCAGCGGGACUGGUCGGACGCGUGGCAGACUUCAUGUGGGGUGACCUCCACCAUCUCCCAAAUGCCCAUGUCGAAGGCGAAGACAACCUCGCCGACGACGACGCCGACGCCGAGGAUGAUCCUUGGGUCGACGUCCCGAUGGCCGAAGGUCCCGACGAAAACGCCGACGCAGACGUUGGAGACGAUGAAGGCGCGGUCGCAGGGGCAGGGCUGGAUCCCGAAGCCAUGGACGAUCUGGAAGACUUCGAGGGCGUCAUGGAGCUCAUUGGCAUGCGCGGGCCCAUCGCCGGGCUGUUCCAAAACGCCAUCUUUUGCGCUGUUUUGGUGUCCGUCACCAUCUUUGCGUGCAUCUUCGUGCCUUACAACAUUGGUCGCGUCACGCUGUGGGUCGUCGCAAACCCUGUUCAAAUUGUCCGCGAACUCCUCGAGUUUUCAAAGGUGGUGCAAGAUGCCGCGGUCAUGCUUGGAGGGCUGAGCUCGUGGUUCGUCCUCAACCUCCUCGACAUGUUCACCGGCCUCGUCGGCGGAGCCGUGGGUGCCAAGGUUGUCUCGGCGAGGAAAGCAUCCUGGGGGCUCUGGACGGGCGCUGGGAGCCGCGUCAUGGAGUACGCUCUCAUGGACUUUCCCAUGUCCGCCUCGGACAUGCAAAACUUCUCGGCAAUCAGUCACGAGGCGCUCAUCGUCGUCAAGGGAUCAGUCGCGGCCGCCUUUGGCACAAUAGACUCCAGCUUUGCUGCCAUCGCCGACGCGAGAUUCUAUGCGGCUAAUGGCGAGCUCUUGGCUACAUUGGCCACGGCCGCUACGUCGACCUUUGCGAGCAUCAGCGCCGCUCUCCGGCUUGCCCUGGAUCCCAGCUCGUGGGUCAUUGAACUUGGCGGAACAGAGCCACGUCCACCGGUCGACCCAAGCCUGGCCCACUGGCCUGGCCUCGACCGAUUCUGGGCCGUUCUCGCCGGCUACCUCGCCAUCUUUGCCAUCAGCGCCAUGUACUUGAAGAGGGGCACUCCUUUUGCAAGGGGAAACAUGAUGCAAGCUUGGGAGGCCGGCGUGAUUGACACGCUUCACCAGGCCAGCGGCAUCAUGAAGGUCAUUCUCAUCAUCAGCAUCGAAAUGCUGGUUUUCCCUCUGUACUGCGGACUUCUGCUCGACGCCGCCCUGCUGCCACUAUUUGAGAAUACGACGAUCAAGUCUCGCAUACUCUUCACCUACAACUUCCCUCUGACGUCGGUCUUUGUGCACUGGUUCGUCGGGACCGGUUAUAUGUUUCACUUUGCGCUCUUUGUGUCCAUGUGCCGCAAAAUCAUGCGGCCGGGGGUUCUAUAUUUCAUCAGGGACCCGGACGACCCCGAGUUCCACCCGAUUCGCGACGUGCUCGAGAGGAGCCUCACCACGCAGCUCCGAAAGAUUCUGUUCUCGGCCUUCGUAUACGGCGCUCUGGUCAUCGUCUGCCUGGGCGGCGUUGUUUGGAGUCUGGCAUAUGGCAUGCCUGGGGUGCUACCGAUUCACUAUUCCUCGAACGAGCCGGUCCUAGAGUUUCCAGUCGAUCUUCUCUUCUACAACUUCCUCAUGCCCCAGGCUGUCAAGGUCCUCAGGCCAGGCGAUGGAUUGUACACCAUGUACACGUGGUGGUUCCGCAAAUGCGCCCGCGGACUGCGACUUACCUAUUUCCUCUUUGGGGAGCGGCGAAUCGACGAGGAGGGCACUCUGCAGCUGAGCCCCGACUCGUCAGACCACCACUCGCGGCAUAGAGCACUCCUACUUGAGCUGAACGAACACAACAAAGUCGUCCCAAAGACGUGGCGGGACACGUUCGAGGGCGGCGAUGCGAAGCCGAAUCCCUCGCUCAUCAAGAGCGGGCGCUUCGUACGUGCCCCCGCAUCCGAUCGCGUCAAGAUUCCCAAGGGCCAACGGGUCUUCCUUACUGUGACGGAGCUUGGCCGGCGCAAAGACGGCGUCGCGGACAAUGACGUCUACGCCUCGAGCCAGUAUCAGAUGGUCUAUAUUCCGCCGCAUUUCCGCGCCAGGAUCUUCCUAUUCAUCCUUUGUAUCUGGCUCUUCGCCGCGGUGACGGGAGUGGGCAUCACCAUUGCGCCGCUGGCCUUGGGGCGGAAGAUGUUCAAAAUGCUCAUCCCCGACGACAUCCGAACCAACGAUGUCUACGCCUUUAGCAUCGGUAUAUAUGUCCUCGGCACCGCAAGCUACUCGGUCUUUUGCAUCCAACGCAUCACCGCCGGAGUUCGAGCCCGGGUGAGCAGGGCGUGGGCCGAGGUUACAAAGGGGAACGCUCCCCGGCAUGCCUGGUCCGGCAUUGUCCGUGGUGUGGAACUGCUCUACACCUACGCCUUUCUUCUCGUCGUGUUUCCAUUGCUCUUUUCCACGAUGAUGGAGCUGUAUAUCGCCAUUCCGCUGCACACGUACAUGGACCCACCCGUGAAGCAAGCCGGCAACACUGGCCACCAUACCAUCCGCAUCAUUCAGGCUUGGACUCUGGGGCUGCUCUACCUUAACCUGGGGACAAGAAUGAUCAGGUCCUUGUUUCCCGAGAGUCGCGCGGCGCUGGCUGUGCGAACUGUUGUGCGUCGCGGGUGGCUGCAACCUGACACUGGCGUCUUGACCAGGGCGUUUGUCGUCCCCGGACUGACCAUUGCGGUGGUUGCCGUGUUUGGGCCACCUCUUAUGGCGAGCCUUCUGAUCAAGCUGGAUCUCUUGGGGGCUAGCAGAGGCGCCGGAACGCUCAGCGCGGCGACGGUGUACCGAAACUCGUAUCCCGCGGCAGCCUUGGCGGCCGUGCUGAUGAGAUACGCCAUUGGCAUGGCCAGAGUAUUCAAGGGAUGGAAGGCCGGCAUACGCGACGAGGCGUACUUGAUUGGGGAGCGUUUGCACAACCUCGGAGCUACCGCAGGAGGGGCCCGCAGAGCUAAGAGAGCCUGGGGAGCUGGACGCCCGAGGGUUUGA